AUGGGUGAUUCCCUGAAGAUUGUUAAUCCAUCACCAAUGGAAAGGUUGAUUCAGUUACUGCUUUUCUCAGGAUUCUGGAUGUUCACACAGAGCAACUCAAAUAAAUUUGUUCUCAUCCAGGAGAAUAAGACCUGGGCUGAUGCCCAAGCUUACUGCAAAAAGUUUCACAUUGACUUGGCCACAAUGGGAAGCAGUGACGUCCAGACAAGUGUACGAGAAGCGGUUAGCACUGUGAUGCCUCCAUUGGCCUGGACUGGACUGUACAGAUUAAAUAACACUUGGUGGUGGAAAUAUCAGUAUAAGCCACUGAUAUUCUCAUUCUGGAAGCCUGGACAGCCAGACAACUCAGAUGCAAAAGAGGAAUGUGCUGUUAUCAGUGCCAGUGGAUGGGACGAUACAGCAUGCGGUCAAAUGUUUCCAUUUUUUUGCUUCACUGGACAAAUACGACUUCCGGAAGAUGCGUCCGAGAAGAAUGGCAAGUAUGAUCAUCCUAAUUAA